UGAGGGUUAGACCCUCUUAUAGCAUCAACAAUUGAUGAGACAGGUAUUAGGGAGAUGUGCCUGGUGGGGAAGAAAGCCUCUUGGCCUUGAGGACAGAGUUCCAUGGAGGAGAAGCUCAAAGGCCCUUUUCCAGAGUAGAUGGAAAAUUGUCCCUCCCUGACCAGUCCACCAUGAUGUCUUCAUGGAAAAUUGAUCUCUUUUGGCCCACAGAGAUCAAAUAUUUAAGUGGAGGGCGAAGGGGUGUUGAAAACGGCUCAGAAGCAAGGGCUGAACAAAGUUUAGUAGCUAAUUAACUUUUUUCCAACUUUAACCAAAAAGUCUUUCAGGAUAAGAACUACUUUUACUUUUUGUUUCCCCACAGUGUCUAGGUCAGUGUAUAAAUCAAGCCAGCAGCAGUACUUGUUGGUUGACUGGUCAUCUGUUAGCUGAGGCAGUUUCUGGGCAAUUUUCCCAAACUUCAGUCUCCUUACUUUGAAGUGGGAGCUUUUGCCAAGAUGACCAGAUCGUCUUGAGAAAAAUCAGGAGUUAUUUAUCUGUUAACCAGUUAUUGAAAACAAGCCAAACACGAGGGUAGGCACUGGAGAAUGUACAGAAGUCCAUGUUGCUGUCCUCAGACCUAGGAGCACUCAGGCUUGUUCAAGAACUCCUCAUCUCUGAUCUCAGGAUUGUAUGUAAUCACACCUCUACUAUGGCCUCACUUUGUAUGGUGAAAACCUUUGUGUCUGUCUUCUUCCCUAGAUGAUAAAAUCAUCUUGUCUUUCUUCUUUGCUUUUUUGUCUUCAAUGUCUGUUGUGGUACUUGUCAUGUAAUCACUGCUUAAUGCCUGUUCGAGUUAAAUGAAGUUGAUUCUAGGAACAGGGGGGCAACAUAAGACAGUUAACGGAGUGUGCCAGAGCCAGAACACGUGAUACAGGCUGUGAGCACUGUAGAUUUCGGGGUGGGGAGUCCCUGGAAUAUCACAAAGACCAGGUUUGGGGGACUUUGGGGAAGGAGAGGGAGUUUCAGGCAGAGAAAGCUUCAUGAACAAAGGUGUGGAGGCAGGUAAAGACAGAGAUGGGCAAGAAUUAGAGAGGAGGCUGGCCCACCUGGGGUGAUGCUGGAGGAUAGAGUCAGGGAGGUAAAGAGGGGACCCAACGCACACGUGUUUAGGAGGACUUGAAGCCAGUCAUGAGUUUGGGAAAUACAUGCUAGAAACCAAGUGGAAGGAAAUGUCAGACAUGUGGGCUAAAUUAGAGGAGGGACUAGACAUCAAUGAAUAGGCACUUGGAGUAGAAUUGGGCUCCAAGUCUGUCUGGAAUAGAGACUUGGCAGUACAGUUGGCACACAAUCUGAAAGAGGUUUGGAAGGAGGUUCAUUAUAUCGAUCACUAGAUUGAUCUCAGAGAUGAAGAGGGCUAAGAUGUAUGAGGUCAGAGAUGACUGCAGUCUUUCAAGCCAGUCUUCCGCUGAGUCGGGGUUGCUUCGCUAAUUACGGUGUAGGAUUCCAAAGUGUUUUAAUGGUGAUCUGGCUCCUAACCGCGAUGUCAGGAAAGUACUUAAAACCCACAUUGAGGGCUUGAGUCUAAAAGAGGUUCACCCACCCCGCACACCUCGCAGGAUCUCAGUUCCUUGACCAGGUAUUGAACCCGCGCCCUCGGCAGGCAGUGAAAGCAUGGAGUCCUAACCACUGAACCACCAGGGAAUUCCCCAGAGGGCUUUGAAGCCUGGCCUUCUUAGCUGUUUGACUGUAGACACAUUGUUUAAUGAUGAUUGAGUCUUUUUUCCCCAUGGCUGGGUGGGGAGUAACAUUUCACAGUGGCCUUAUUACAAAUGUUAAGUUAUAGCUUGAGAAUGUGCUUGGGUGAUAGCAGGUGUAUGGUAAAGUCUAGCCUUCUUGUCCCAGCACUUUCUGAAAUCCAAGAGUUUGAGGCUUACCUUUCAGAUAAUUGAUAUUUUUUGCCUGCAAACAGGAAAAAACACUCAACUGGCUUGUGGUCAAAUCUUAUCGUUUUUUUUUUUUCUUUAUAAACAUGAUAGAAAAUUUACUAAUUCUCAGAACCAGUAGUCCCAAGAUAGUGGCUCUAGGAUUGCUUAAUCCAGCAACUCAACUGACAACAUCUUUCUUCUUUCCUUGUCCUCUCUGCCACCAGCUUGAUAUUGAACUUCUCUCUUUCCAGCUAUAACUUGGCUGCCGUCCUUCCAGGUGCUUUGGGGAGAUGUGACCCCCCGCCUCCCCACUAAAAAAAAAAAGAAAAUCUUGUCUUUUCCAACAGGCCUGCUCUUUGUUUCUUCAGCCAGAACCCUGUCACAUACCUACCCCAGAGCCAAACCCCUGGCAAGGGCAAGGUGAUUACCACCUUUGGACCAAUCAGGAUUUACCCCUGAGUCAUGUGAGAAAGGGAAGCAUCCAGUGGCCACCAGUGCUUCCCAAGCUGAAGGGACCUUGUUAAACUGUAAUAGAUUCUGAUUCAUUGCAGUGGGGGUGGGCCCGAGAGUCUGCAUUUCUGAUGAGCUCUGGCGAUGCCACUGCCAUUAGGGGACUGCAUGGCAAGGCUUUGAGUAGAAAGGGGGAAGGUGGCCAGUAAAAGUUAGCUGUAGCUCCCUGCCCUCACCCCCUCUGCCCCUUUCUGGAAUGCUGGCCCAGCCUCAGAGUGAGCAAUUUCUAUUCUGGUCCUAGUGCAGUUUGGCUUCUGGAGCAGGUAGCUUAAUAAUGACAAAUGACCUUUGCAACUGCACUUUGCAAUUUACAAAGUGUAGCAAUUUACAAAGUGUAUUUCUUACACCACGGUUUUCGGUCCUCUAGGCACAUUGCUUGUUUUCCUGUGACAAAGUGGAGCUUAGCGAGGUAAUUUCCUAAAGGUCACAUAGCUAGGGAGAGGUGGGAUUGGAGCCCAAGUGUACCUUUCCUCACCUAACGCUCUUCAUUUUGCUACUGCACUAUAUAGGCUUCACCCUGAUGGAAGUGAGUUUUCCAUUUUCUGCCCAUUGCCUGAAUCCUUGAUCCCCUAGGUGGGGAUGCUGGUUUAAGUACCGUGUGUAUGAUCCCAUUUCAUAGAUUGGUUAAAUAAUUUACCAAAGAUCAUGUAGCUAGUAAGUGUUGGAACUAGGGUACAGAUAUAAGCCCGUGGAAUGUAAAUUGGUGCAGCCACUACGGAAAACAGUAUGGAGGUUCCUUAAAAAACUAAAAAUGGCCAUAUGAUCCAGCAAUCCCACUCCUGGACAUAUAUCUGGAGAAAACUCUAAUUCGAAAAGAUACACGCACCCUAAUGUUCACAGCAGCAGUACUUACAAUAGCCAAGGCAUGGAAGCAACCCAAGUGUCCAUCCACAGAUGAAUGGAUAAAGAAGAUGUGGUAUAUAUACAUAAUGGAAUAUCGCUCAGCCAUAAAAAGAAUGAAAUAACACUAUUUGCAGCAACAUGGAUGGACCUAGAGAUUAUCAUACUAAGUGAAGGUGUUUCUGCGGCCUGGGACUGGUGAGCACCAACAAGUCCUGCUCGAUGCCACCCAUCAGUUUCCAAGACCUUCCCCUCAACAUCUACAUGGUCAUCUUCGGCACCGGCAUCUUCGUCUUCAUGCUUAGCCUCAUCUUCUGCUGCUAUUUUAUCAGCAAACUCCGGAACCAGGCACAGAGCGAACGAUACGGAUAUAAAGAGGUGGUGCUUAAAGGUGAUGCCAAGAAGUUACAGUUAUACGGGCAGACCUGUGCAGUCUGUCUGGAGGACUUCAAGGGGAAGGCUGAGCUGGGUGUGCUCUCAUGCCAACACGCCUUUCACCGCAAGUGUCUGGUGAAGUGGCUGGAAGUACGCUGUGUCUGCCCCAUGUGUAACAAGCCCAUUGCUGGUCCCUCAGAGGCCACCCAGAGCAUCGGGAUCCUAUUGGAUGAGCUGGUGUGAGUGCUGCCUCCAUACCAAGGCCUGGAGAGAGAAGACCUCUAGCCUCACGGGUGCCUGGUCCUUCCGCGAAGCCGCAGUGAACAAGACUGGUGGGUGGUGAUGGGCAUGCUCACCUGGAGGGAUGGGGGUGCAGGGCUGGUCUUCCAGCCUCAGGGUGAGACUAGACGUGCCCACCUCUCUGCUUCCUGAAGCCUGCUUCCCUGCUACUCAGUUCUGAUGGACUUGCCCAUCAGGACCACUGUAUCCUGGUACUGGACUAUCUGCCUGCCUUGUCCCUGCUCUGGGAAAAGAAAUCCAUUCCUAUUUGGCCAAGAACUUGGAGCACACCCCCUUGAGGGUUCCCCUGAGGAGGACAAGCUGCCCUGACCUAAAAGAAGGGAUGAGAUGGGCUCUGCCCCACCUGUGACCUCCCUGCCCCCUCCCCACUCCUUCCAGAGGAAGGUUAGAAGGGAAGGAAGGAAAGAUGGAGGAACCAAGUGCCUCCAGUGGAAGCGAGGGAGGCUCUGUAGGAAAUGGGGAGAGCAGGGAUAAACAGAAGAAAAGUCAAUGUUUACAUGGGACCUAUGGAAACAAAGGCUGGCCGGCCGGCCUGCUGACUACAGGGCGGGUGGGGGGCAGCCCCCUCCCCCUCCUAGAUCUGAGGUGCUAUCCGUUCACUGUUCCUCGGUUGAUCUCAGAGCUUCCUAUUCCGUGCUGGGGUUUGAGUAUCCGCCGCCCCAGAGGAAGGGCUUGGUCUACACCCAAAUGGAUUCCCAGGGGUUUUUUUCUAAAGGAGCAAAAAGGGGGCCUGGGGAUGGGGGUGUCUGGAUAUUAAGGUCGUGGUGGACACCCUCUUCCCCUUUGUAAAUAGUAU